AUGUUGGAAAAAAGAAUGCAGCCGACGCCGGGAGGAGAGUCUCCCCCGCAGACGGAGAAUAUCGAAUAUGCUCCGCCUCGACGUUCGCAUCUGACGGCAGCGGAGCGCGCUAGGCGCAAUCUCAACGCCAAACUCGCCAAUCCGCUCGCCGGAUACACGCACGAAGAGCUGAGAAAGCAAGGCAUCCGGUUCAGCAUCACGCAUCAGAUGGGCGACGAGGAGGAUAUCCGGGCCUUCGAAAUGGGCGCCGUCCUGGCCCAGGCCCCCACCGCCCAAGCUGAUGUAUAUGGUGAUUGUGAUCUGCUCCAUCUGCGCGGCGGUCCAAGGCAUGGGUACGUUGUCUCUCUCUUGAUCCUGUCGCCCCCAAACACAACUGACUUGCCUGGCGUGCUGACGCGGCCCUGCAUCGAUUGGAUAGACGAAACGGUCGUCAAUGGCGCACAGGUGCUCUACAAGUAUCAAUUCGGGAUUGCAGGAAACGACCCGCGCUCCACGUGGCUGCUCGGGCUUCUCAACGCAGCUCCCUACCUCUGCUGCGCGGUAGCAGGCUGCUGGCUGACCAUUCCCUUCAACCACUGGUUUGGUCGCCGAGGAACCAUCUUCAUCACCUGUCUGCUGUCGACCCUGGCCUGUCUGUGGCAGGGGUGUGUCAACACAUGGUGGCACAUGUUCAUCGCCCGAUUCGUCCUGGGGUUUGGAAUCGGGCCCAAGUCGGCUACCGUGCCGGUUUACGCCGCGGAGAGCAGUCCGCCGGCGAUCAGAGGUGCCCUCGUCAUGCAGUGGCAGAUGUGGACGGCCUUUGGCAUCAUGUUCGGAUACGCGGCCGAUCUGGCGUUUUUCAAAGUGCCGGACCAGUCCGGCAUCGUCGGCCUCAACUGGCGUCUCAUGAUGGGAUCGGCCAUGUUCCCGGCCGUCAUCGUCUGCGUACUCGUCUUCCUCUGUCCCGAAUCGCCCCGUUGGUACAUGAGCAAGGGCCGCUAUGACAAGGCGUAUCAGUCCAUGUGCCGGCUGCGGUACACCAAGCUCCAAGCCGCCCGAGACAUAUACUACAUGCACACGCUGCUGGAGGCAGAGACGACGAUGAAGUUGGGCCAGAACAAGGUGGUGGAGCUGAUCAUGGUGCCCCGCAACCGCCGCGCGUUGAUCGCGUCUGAAAUCGUCAUGUUCAUGCAGCAGUUCUGCGGAGUCAACGUGAUCGCCUACUACUCGUCUGAGAUCUUCCUGCAGGCCAACUUCUCGCCGAUAUCCGCGUUUUCCGCGUCGCUGGGAUUCGGUCUCGUCAACUGGCUCUUCGCGAUCCCGGCCAUCUACACGAUCGACACGUUCGGGCGGCGCAAUCUCCUGCUCACCACGUUCCCACUGAUGGCGCUGUCCAUGUUCUUCACGGGCUUCAGCUUCUGGAUUCCCGAGACGCAUCACACGGCGCGCCUGGGCUGCAUCGCGCUGGGCAUCUUCCUAUUCGGCAUCUUCUACUCGCCGGGCGAGGGCCCCGUGCCAUUCACCUACUCGGCCGAGGCGUAUCCGCUGUACGUGCGGUCGUACGGCAUGGCGCUCGCGACGGCGACAACCUGGUUCUUCAACUUCCUGCUAGCCAUCACGUGGCCGUCGCUGCAGAACGCGUUUACCACCCAGGGCGGCUUCGCCUGGUACGGCGCCUGGAACAUCGUCGGCUGGUGGCUGAUCCUGAUGCUCAUGCCCGAGACGAAAGGCCGCACCCUCGAGGAGCUCGACCAGGUCUUCUCCGUGCCUACCCGCGUCCAUGCCGCUUGGGGUCUGCGCCAGAUCCCGUAUUUCUUUAAGCGCUACGUGUUUCGUCUCAGCAAGGUCCAGCCGGAAGUCCUCUAUGAGAUGGAGGAUGUUUCCCCUGACAGGGUUUCACCGCACCAUCUUCAUCAUCCUGGUGCUGUGGGGUUCAAUAUUGUUUGA